AACGCCUUCCUGCUUCAUGUUUCCACCUACUUCUUCCGACCGAUGGGCAAUGUCUCAGUUCAGGACGGCUCCGACAUGUCGGCAGUGUCGAUCGUCCAGGGUCGGGUCCAAUGGCAGAGUCGUGACGUCCGCGCCCUUUGAAGGCCUGGCCCAUGCCCCCAUGCCACCAGACCAGGGCCCAGUCAUCCUCAUCCUCCUCGUCCUCCUCAUCCUCCUCCUCCACCCCCUCCUCCGUCAAAGCGAAGCCGCUCGAUGAGGGCAGGCCCCCAUAACGUCCCAGCUGGUCACCUCCGCCCAGUUGGACGCCAAGCUGAUCAUCAUGGAGAGCGCCCUCAUGAAGGAGGUAGCUUUUACUGCAGCGUCUGCAUCCUCCGCUGUCUGUGCCGAUAGUGCGGAGGUCGUUGGCCCAGAUUCCUGGAGCCGCUUCCUGGGCCCCAGAGUGUGCAAGAGACCCAGGCAUGCUUCGACGGGACCAUCGUGUACGACAUAUCCUGUCCCACCAGCACGUGCUGGACCUGAGCGUCGUAGUCACUCUCCUCUUCGAGACGGUGGUGAAGCCGGUGACCGCUGCAAGACCUGGAUCCGGGGAUUCACCAGGAAGCUGCCGAGCCGUGUUUUCGUGAACCACUGUGAGUUGCUCAAGGCAGCUGCAGGGUCGUUGCUCGAUGGUGCAGUCCCCCAGCGCGAGAGCUACAAGUACUGUUACAACAUCCACUUUCAGUCUGUGGAGGCGGCCAGGACGUUUUUCAGCUGAGGCAAGAAUGCAGGAUCGGCUGUCCAUCUCCUGUGGGAGGACCCUAAGUUUGGCCAAGUCAUGCCACUUCGAGUUGGAUCGGAUCAACCUCGCCACGUUCGACAUACAAGUUUCGCUCUUGGCAAUUGCUGGGAGAUGAUGCGUGCCAUUUUUGACAAGCAUGGCAAGUGGAAGGAGUCCUUUCGGCUUUGCGCCAACCCACAAACUGGCACGCUUCACCUGACCUGCUCUGAUGAUGCGCAGACCUACGAUUUGGUCAAGAUGGCAAGUGUGCUGACACAGGAGGUAGCAAGGACGCAUUUACGUUCAUGGUGAUGCCAGGUGCCAAGAUGCUCGAGAUUCCCGAGCCCGCGCUGAACGCAUUCCCUGAGCUUGUCCUGAGCAAGCUCGACAAGAAACCUGCCUGACGGUCCAGACCAGUGGUGCUGAGUAUUCCUGAAGAGCGUGGGCAUCUCAUGCAUGAUGAACCUCCUCCUGGCCUGGGCUCCGUCGCUGCCGACAAAAAUAAGAGGGGCGACUCCUCAUCUACCAGUGGCUUGGGUCCUCCUCGACCAGUUCUAGCUCUACUCCUGAGUCGUCUGAGAAUACUGGGGCUGUUGGGUCCGCGCCUCGCAUCCCGUAUGGCGUGAGGAAGUACAGUCGCUCCACGUCUCCUUCCCCUGUUGCCCUACCAUCUCGCCCUGUCUUACACCCGUGCUGGCCCAUCUCGGGUACCUUUCUUGUUGAAUGUUGGAAUGAUACCGAUCUCGUUAAAAGUCUGUUGGGUAGACAUACCCGUCAGUGUAAGAAACACUUGUGGCAUGCUCGACUCUAUUCACAGAACAUUGCAAUCAUCUUACCGGAAACUCACUGGGCCAAUGACGACCUCACAACUUCAGGUAGAGAGUAUCCUAGUUUUGCAGUGCCUUUUCUCCGAUCUGUUCGCAAUGCUUGGCCUGCGUCGUGCGGGCUCCGUCAAGGUUCCGUCGAUUGUAAAUUCUGGUUUUGUGCUAUCUGCGGAGGUAAUUCCUGGCUUAAUUUAUACGACCGCUAACGCUGUGCGAGCUGCGGGGAGGCUUGGAUCCGAUGGGGUUCAGGGUCUCCUGACUGCCCGUUAUCGUGUUCUCGCGAGGCGCAGCCGCAAAGUGCGCGUGCUGCUCCCGAGGUGCCUGGCUGAAGCCUGCUAGAAUACAUGCUCGCUCGCCUGGACUCUCGCCCUCGUCUCGCCCCUUUCUUGGCUGCCUGCCCUAUUCUCGCUCCAUUCAUCGGGGGGUCGCUCUCCUCACGGG